CUAUCCACUUACUCCUCCUCCAAGUCUCUCAAGAACUCAUUCACCUAACAGCACAUCUGGGGGCGAAAUGGCUCGUACUAUGGAAUGAAAAAAAAAGUCUAUUGUGUCUGUUCUCUCAUGCCCGUGUGUAUGUAUGUUAUUCGGAGCCUCGUGGUUUCUUUUUUAAUGCGCAAGGAACAAAAAAAAAAUGAGGGCAAGCAGCUGAUAUCUGCAGCUCAUUUUUGUCUUUUUUGGGCUUCUGCUUUGAGGGCCAUUUCAGAGAAGGGUGAGGGCUAUAGCCUGGCCUUCAAUACCCCCCAUGUUACUCACUCAAGCGCCAACGUCGUCAUUUUCAAUUUAUUUAAUAUAUAUACUGUUUUUUGCUUGAUUUCUUAACACCUCUCUCUCUUUUUUUUUUUCUAAAUUUUUACAUCCAUCGUUGCUGAUUUCCCUCUUCUUUUAUUUUCUACAAGUAAGAAAGAUUCUACAU